AUGUCGAACAUCUCCCAACCUCCGGAAUUUGACUUCUGGGAAUUCGUCAGCUGUGGCAUAUGCCGUCUAGAGUACAUCAAGGAGUCCGGUGCCUUGUCCAACAUCCCUUUUUGGAUCACAGAAUGUGGACAUGUAGCUUGUAAUGCCCAUAUUAAUGCGGACCAGAGCUGCGCCGAGUGCGGCAACACGGGGAUCCACGUCCUAGCUAUGUCGAGAGAUCUAGAACCGCCGAUGUCUAACUGGUUCGAGUCUGCACCCGCCGCUCUUGACGCAGUGGGUUACACUCUCAGGUUUCAAGUGAACACGAUGGCAUCUCUAGUCAGGUUCUACAAGAAGAAGUACCUGCAGUACCGUCCAUUAUAUGAACGGCUCAAGGAAGAGCAUACGGAAUCCAAGCGCCUCCGAAAGCUAGUUGAUGAUCUACGCAGCGAGAACCAGCAUCUUGCGCAACAGCUACGAGGCUUGGGAGGAGAGCCCGGAGACAUGAUAGAAAGCGGCAAGAGACGGCGUGCAGACGACGAGGGUCGAUAUGCUGGACAGAGGACAUCUAGCCCUCGCUCUAUAGCUUCCUUACCGACACCAGUCGGUCCGAAUCGCUUGACUCUUCCCCCAAGCCAUCAUCAACCCUCCUUCAACUCCCGUCAGACCCAUCAGUCGCGUGAGCCUUCUGGAUCCCAACGAAACCUUGCGUAA